AAGUGAGAUAACAACUUCACUAAAAAUCUGAUUUCUAAGGAGAAAAGUAGUUAUGGAAGAAUGGCGAAAUAUUCUAAAUUCAGGUGGCCAUAGUUAGAGUUUGGAGCUUUGUGCUAAUUUGGUUGUCAUCUUAUUAAUUUGUUAUUUGAAUGGGAGGGAACAGUUCAAAACGGUCUAUUAGGAGGAGCUCAUAUCAUGGAUCUGCUGGCUCUUCAUCAUCUAAUUCUUCUAACUAUGGUUAUGGUGGCGGCGGAUACGGCGCAUACCCGCCACAAUCACCACAACACCACCCUCAGCAAAGUCCAUAUCCAACAACACCAUCAGCUCCAUUUUAUGACUAUGCAGCACAGCCAACAACUACAAAGAAGUUGGAUAGGAAAUAUUCCAGAAUAGCUGAUGAUUACCGUUCACUCGAUGAGGUUACUGCUGCUCUUGCAAAAGCUGGGCUGGAAUCUUCUAAUCUCAUUGUUGGCAUUGAUGUCACAAAGAGCAAUGAGUGGACAGGGACGAAGUCAUUCAAUCGAAAAAGUUUACAUCACAUUGGAGAUUAUCAGAAUCCUUAUGAGCAAGCAAUCUCUAUUAUUGGAAAGACUCUAUCUUCUUUUGAUGAAGAUAACUUGAUUCCUUGUUUUGGAUUUGGAGAUGCAUCUACUCAUGAUCAAGAUGUAUUUAGCUUCUAUUCAGAAGAUGAGUUUUGCAAUGGGUUUGAAGAUGUUUUGACACGAUACAGAGAAAUAGUUCCUUACCUAAAACUUGCAGGACCCACUUCAUUUGCUCCUAUUAUUGAAAUGGCCAUGACUAUUGUUGAGCAAAGUGGUGGCCAAUAUCAUGUUUUGCUAAUAAUUGCAGAUGGUCAGGUGACCAGAAGCAUUGAUACAAAGCACGGCCAAUUAAGUUCACAGGAACAGAAGACAAUAGAUGCAAUUGUAAAAGCCAGCGAUUAUCCACUGUCAAUAGUUGUGGUAGGAGUUGGAGAUGGACCCUGGGAUAUGAUGAGGGAAUUUGAUGAUAACAUCCCUUCUCGGGCAUUCGACAAUUUUCAGUUUGUGAAUUUCACUGAUAUAAUGAAGAGGAAUGUAAAUGCAAUUAGAAAAGAGACAGAGUUUGCCCUAGCAGCUUUGAUGGAGAUACCUUCUCAAUAUAAAGCAACCAUAGAGCUUGGAUUAUUGGGUGCACGGAGGGGUCAUUCACCAAAUAGGGUUCCUCUUCCCCCACCUUUUCAUAAUCGGAUUGCUUCUAUCGGCGCAAGAUCUUCUUGUUCAAACAAUUUUCAGCUGAGUGCACCUAAAAUUACUGGCUGUGGUAGUGGUGUGCAAACACAACCAGCUACAAGCUUUCCAAUGGAAACAGAACCAUCUCUACUUGAUGAUAAUAAGGUUUGUCCGAUUUGUCUCACCAAUGGGAAAAAUAUGGCCUUUGGUUGCGGGCAUCAGACUUGUUAUGGAUGUGGGGAAGACCUCCAAUACUGUCCCGUCUGCAGGAGCACAAUUCAUACCAGGAUAAGGCUUUACUAGUUAGCUUUGCUGUAGACCUGCUUACAGUGAAAAACUCAUUCAUUGCCGGAAUAAGGUUGUUUGUCAAGUUUGAUAGCUUUAGAAUGUCAGAUUUUUAUGUUUGAGAAUGUUAAAAUUUUUUUCUUUCAUGAGAAUGUUGUUGGUAUGGGCCUUUUGACGGAUCAUGGAUAUCUUGUCCAUAAAACCGUACUGUUUGCAAUUUUGAGGUGAAACUUAUGUUUCCAGUAAGAUUGACUAAAGAAAAACUGAAAAACACAAGUGCAUUUUCUUUGGCAUUAAGAAA